CUUCGCGCAUGCGCAGUGCGGUCGGCCGCCAUCGCAGCGCCCUGAGCUUGGACAACUGGAAGCCUCCUGACGUCGCUGUGCCUAGGUCCUGCGACUGGCUGAACUUGCCCGGGCAUCCUGUCAUCCCUGGCAUCUCUGCCUGUUAGACACAGUCACGUUUUCUGGUGCACUUCUAGAAAAAUGCUGCCUUUGGAGAGGGCGUUUGCCUCCCCCAGGAGCUCCCCGACCUCCCCUGAACGGCCCACUCUCAGGUCAGGGGCCAGAGGCCGGCGGGAAGAACCUGAGAACAUCGCUGGGAGGACUGCCGCCGACCUCGAGUUCUCCCGCCUGCGCUUCCGCGAGUUUGUCUACCAGGAGGCUGCCGGGCCCCACCAGACCCUGGCCCGGCUCCAUGAGCUGUGCCGCCAGUGGCUGAGGCCUGAGGCCUGCUCCAAGGAGCAGAUCCUGGAGCUGCUGGUGCUGGAGCAGUUCCUGGGCAUCUUGCCCGACAGGGUCCGGCCCUGGGUGGUGGCCCAGUAUCCGGAGAGCUGCAGGAAGGCGGCCUCCCUGGUGGAGGGCCUCGGAGACGUCCUGGAGGAGCCAGGAAUGCUCUUGUAUUCCCCGGCUGGCUCACCUUCAUCUUUGAGCGAGGGAGUGUAUGAGAGGCAUGCUGAGCUGCUGUUGCCAGGUGGUCCAGCGAGCCCCAGCAGAGACCCGGGACCUGUGGAGAUCCUAGCAUCCCCUGAAGCAUCCCCUGAGACUCCCUGGCCUGCUCUGCAUCCGGUGCUUCUGGAACAGGGGAGCAGCAGGGAAGAAAGGACCGAAGAAGCCAGCACUGCGAGAGCCGAGCUGAAGAAGCCGAAGUCAUUUCCAGAGGAGCCUCUGCACUUGGGAGAGUGGGGCCACCUGGAUCCCUCAGAAGAGAACCUGAAGAGCUACAGAAAGCUGCUCCUGUGGGGAUAUCAGCUUUCCCAGCCAGAUGCUGUCCCAGGACUGGAGACAGAGGAGCUUCAUUUGGUGGAAAGAGAAUUGCCAGGAGGCAGCCUCUCAGGCAGCGGGAGGCGGUGGGAAAGCAAAGGGAACGUGUGUGAGGAGGUCUCCAUGCAGGCAACGCUGAUGGAGAGGCUUGCCGGGGACAUUCCUGUGAACCCCUCAUUGGGCAUCACCCAGGAGGAGGAAGAGCAGCCUUGGAAGGUUUCAGAGCCUCAGGAUGGGGAGUUGAGCCCUGUCACUGUCGCCCAGAGGCAGUCAGUCAUCCGGAAGCCUACCCAGGACUGGGGUGCAGCAAGGCCAGUGACCCCACUGCAAAGCCUUGGCACAAAGAGGCCCCACCCAGAGGAAGUAGAUGGGCAGGGCCCUGAGUGUGUUUCGAGUGCGAGCCAACAAUGUGACACGAGGAAGAAGCUGAAUGCAGCUGGCCGUAGUGCAGGGUUCCGUGCUAGGCAGGACCUAGGUACCUCUGCUGCGGCCUGCCCUGUGGCUGAUGAGCCUGGAACGUCCCGAGGGAAGCCGUAUACUUGCAUUGAGUGUGGGGAGGCCUUCGCGUGGAUCUCACUGCUCAUGGAGCAUCAGAGGAGCCAUAAGAGUAAGAAAUGCUACACGUGCCAGGGAUGCUGUAAAACCUUCCACUUCAGCCUGAUCCCAGCUGAGCACCGGAAGACCCCUGAAGAGGACGACUAUCCCCAGGGCCCCCGCCCUGCCAUCUGUGCAGCCCACUCUGAUGGGAGGUUCAGCAGGCUCCCGGAGUGUAUGGAAGAUGAUGCUUUCCCUGUGCAGCCUGAGAUAUAGAGGGAAAUCGCUAUACUGUGGGUAUCCUGCAAGAUGAGUCUGGCUGGGAGUCCUGAACUGAAUCAGGCCCCUUCAGACUGUUCGGUGGUGGCUUCCUGCAGUAUAUGUGUGGACACAGUCUGGUUUCUAAAUGAGCUCAUGUGGCUUAAGCAGUUAGAACUAGAAGGCGUGUGGGAAGCCCUCACCUUGUAGUGGACACACCCUGGGCAGGUGCUCACAUAGGAGUGGAAGUCACUGGAGAUGAAAGAAGGUUCUGCUUGCUUCUGCAGCCAUUGUAGUACCACCUGCGUGCUGGAUUGUGUGACAUUGUGCGAAGUGUAGAAUUGCCUUAAAGUAUGUAAUCUGUCAGCGCUUUCUUGAAUCUGUCCUUGCCUCAGUUCCUCCUUUUUGAGCUCCCCGAGAUUGUUCAAGCAGAAUUCUUGCCAGCUAUGCUUGAUCUUUCAUAAAUACCUGAUGUCAGAUUCACUUCUGAACCCUCAAAAGCAGAAACUGUUUCCUAGUUCAACUUGUGUCUGUGUAUGGAGUGGCUUACAAAGAUCAUACAAAAGCUUGGAGCCUAAUAACGGAGGGGUUUCAGACCAUUAGUGAAAUCGUGACAUCAGAUUAGUGGGUGACCAUCAGCCUUGUAAAACAAUGAAGUAGAAUCAAUAGGUCAGAAUGCAUCAUGUAGUAAAGGCAAAUACUGUUUUGUGAAACUUCCAGCUAUCGAUCGAAGGAUAAGAAUUAGCUGUGCUGUAAAGUGUAUUUCUUACUGGGGUUGUGAUCAAAGGUUGAUGAGGCAGUCUCUCUGCUGAACAAAGGAAACUAAACUUCCUGGGCCUCAGAAGGUAUCUUUCGAUUUGUGUUUAAUCUCAGAUCAUAGCCUUGUUUCCAUUGCCUGAGCAUAAAUCACUGUAGAUAAACCGGUGCCUCUUUCCUUCACUGUGUUUGAGCAGGCAAUCUGUGUAACAACCCCAAGUCACAGAAACUUAACAUAAUAAAGACUUUAUUUCUUCAGUCACAUUAUCGCUCAUAGUCUUGUAGUUGUUGCAGUUGCUUUUUCAUGUGGUAGGAGGGGCACUCUGCUCCACGCAGUGAUUCAGGGACCCAGCUCCAUCCUUGUUCCACUGGACCCUUGGAGUGUGUGGAAGGCCACUCAUUCACCUGGUAAUCCACAACAUACCUUCCAAUUGUGUGUCCUUGGAAGUAACCCCAUUCUCCUGGUCACUGGAGUAGGGUCAGGAACUGUCUACCCAGUUGUCUGUGUCUGCCAAAAAUACUGGGUUCCCCUCUGAGCUGGUCUACUCCCAUUCGCCAAGCUGAAUGUGAAGUGAGAAGAGCCUAAAAACAACCUCAGCUCUCAUUCUUAGGCAAAUACUUGCUGUGGUAGGGGAUUUCCCUGUGAUGAAUCCUACCCUCAACUCUUGGGGCUGUGGGGGAGUUGUUGUCAUAAAUCCCAGCAGCACUCCAUCUCUUCAGUCUUAUCGCUUGUCUCCUUAAGUGCACAGCUAAAUGUGCCCUUUUAAAUUUUAUGUUUUAAAACUUUUUAUUUAGAAAUAACUUCAUAUUUAACAGAAAGUGAACAAAAAUAAAAAUAGUAAGAAGGACAUCUACACACUUCUCAGCUCCACCUGUUAACAUUUCACCCUGUGUGUCCGUGAUUUGCAUGUGUGCACUUGCCCUCCUCCCCAUCUGGGGGUAUAGAUGUUCAUAUUUAUUUAUAAAUGUCCAUAUUUCUCCUGUUGGGGACACUUUUUUUCUUUUUUUUUUUUUUUUUCGCUUGCCUGGUCAAAGUGAUCAGCUUCUCCAUCGUAUGGGUACUGUUUCCUUUUAACUAGUAAGCUUUGUGAGAAUGCUUAGAUCAUGCAAAUAACCCUGUUCCUCAUCAGAAAAGGCAGACUUACAGGGAGGCAGAGGCGGGGUGGAGGGUCUUCCAUCCGCUGGUUCACUCCCCAAAUGGCUGCAAUGGCCAGAGCUGGGCCGAUCCAAAGCCAGGUGCCAGGAGCUCCUUCCGGGUCUUCCACACAGGCCAGGGGCCCAAGGAUUUGAGCCAUCUUCCUCUGCUUUCCCAGGCCAUAGCAGAGAGCUGGAUCAGAAAUGGAGCAGCUGGGACAUAAACCAGUGUCCAUAUGGAAUGCUGGCACUACCUGCUAUACCACAGUGCCGGCUCCGACAUCCCUCCAUUUUUUGACCACUUUAUCUUUGGUAGAAGAUCUCCCAAGCUCAUUUACCCAGCUAUUCUUACCCCCAAUUCUUCCUCUGCCCUGAAAUUAGUCAUUACUCCAAAGAAAUGGUUCAUCCUAGUGCCAGUGGUAUUAGAGACCAAGAUCUGAGUGCCAAGUGUGUUCACUGCUGCUGGGGUGUCUUCUGCUGAGCUGUGAAAUGCAUGUAAAUAUGAAGGGGUAAAGACACAUGAAAGGUAUGCAUGUACAUGUACUUACGGAAAGAGCAGUACUUCAAUUCUUCUGUGACUCCUUUCAUCCCACAUGUUUAUGUCCUUCAACACUGAGAACCCUAGCCUCCCAGAAGCAACAUUAACUUGAACCCUGAAACAGGACAGUAGUUUCAGGAUUUCCUUUCCCAAGCUGCUACCGCUACUACUGCUACUACUACUACUACUACUACUACUACUACUACUACUACAAAAAGCCUCUGCCUGCAGUGCUGGUAUCCAGUAUGGGCGCUGAUUCGAGUCCUGGCUGCUCCACUUCCGAUCCAGCUCUCUGCUAUGGACUGGGAAAGCAGUAGAAGAUGACCCAAGUCCUUGGCCCCUACACCCGAGUGGGAGUCCCAGAAGAAGCUCCUGGCUUCAGAUCCGCCCAGUUCCUGCUGUUAUGGCCAUUUGGGGAGUGAGUGAGCUAGCAGAUGGAGUCUCUCUGCCUCUGUAACUGGCUUUCAGAUAAAUCAAUCAAUCUUUAAAAAAAAAACACAAAAAACAACAAACUUUGACAGCACAUGAUCUUGGACUUUCAGCUUCCAAACACAGAAGAAUCAACAUAAUCUUGAAUGUGUAGCUUCCAUAUCUGUGAAAACCAUCAAUUUCUAUUAUUUAAGCCACCCAGACAGGCAGGCUGAGCAGACUAAUGCCUGCCAUCAUCUGAGUUGAGGCAAGUUUUGUGAAUCAGUGUCAACCUGCCUUGUGCAAGUUUUUAUAAAAGAUUUAUUUGAAAGGCAGGGUGACAGAUCAGGUGGAAGUGAGAUCUUCCACCUGCUGGUUCACUUAAUUGCCCACAACAGCUGGGCUGUGUCAGGCUGAAGCCAGGAGCUCCAUCUGGGUUUCCUAUAUAAGUGGCAGGGACCCAAGUACUUAGGCUGCAGCACCUAUUGCCUCCCAGGUGCAUCAUUAGCAGGAAGCUGGUUUGGAAAUGGAGGGAGGCACUCUGAUAUGGAAUGCAGGUGUCACAAGCUGGCUUAACACACAGUGCCAUGACACUGCCCCCUGUGCAACUACUUUGAAAGCAAACAACCUAAUUUUAUUUAGAACCACUGUGACAUUCUGUUACUUGAGCUUUCAAUUUCAUCUGUGGUGAUGUUUCCUAAAGAAUUAAUGAAAAUGAAGGAAGCUACAACAAAGGCUAAAAUCCUUUCUGGACCUAGGUAGGGUAUUAAAAACAAAAUGUACACAAGUAACUAGGAUGACCGUUUGCAUGAAUGUAAGUAUCCAGUUAUAGAGAAACUGAAAACUUAUUUUUUUAAAGGUUUGAUUGAUUUGAGAGGUAGAGUUACAGUGAGAAGGAGAGACAGAGAGAGGUCUUCCGUCUGUUGGUUCACUCUCCAAAUGGUUGCAACGGCCAGAGCUGUGCCGAUCUGAAGCCAGGUUCUUCCUGGUCUCCCACAUGGGUGCAGGGGCCCAAGGACUUGGGCCAUCUUCCACUGCUUUCCCAGGGCACAGCAGAGAGCUGGAUUGGAAGAGGAGCAGGCUGGACUAGAACUGGCGCCCAUAUAGGAUGCUGGCACCACAGGUGGAGGAUUAACCUACUGCACCAUGGCGCUGGCCCCGAGAAACUGAAUUUAAAAGGCAGUGGUAAUUAAAACUAGCAACAUAGAAAAGUAUUAGUGUAGUUCAAGAAGAUAAAAAUAAUUUUAAUUGUCUAAAACAUGGUGGUCUUGGUCAAAUCCUAGUAGAGAAAGUGUAAAAAUGAAAAUAGCUGUGUUAGGGUCAUGGGAUUAUAGGAACAUUUACAAAGGGGCUUUAAAAAGUAUGAAAAAUUCACAUCUCUUCAUUCCAUUUGUCCACAAAUUUGUUGUAGUCCCCUCCCCCCAACAGUGUGUAUGUGAUGCUCCUUGAAUUAUGGUGGAAUUUUAUUCCAAUAAACCAUCAUAAAUUGAGAA